AUGGAGAAAUUGCACAAAUUACAGGCAACUAUUUUCCAACAGGCUCCUACUGCUCCAGAUGGACGGACUGAUGCGGAAGCCGCAGCAACACCCCCAGUGACCCAGACAUCGCUACUCCACGAUUUAACUCAUCUAGGCCGAGAGAAUGCCGCGACCAUGGUCCAAGCGUUCACCACAUUGAUCUCAGGAGAGCCGUUGAACGACAAGGAGCUGUUGCUCGAGCAUGGCGUGCACAUGCUUCAAUCUCUGCCUCCCAAUAGCGGACUGGGCGCAAAGGCCGCCGGUGGCUUCAUUAAGAUGCUAUGGGAUGACUUGCCUCACCCACCAGGAACCAUUGCUGGCCCGACAACCAGAUACAGGAGGCACGACGGAGGCAGUAACAAUCUCUGGGACUCUGAGCUGGGCAAGGCCGGCUCACCUUACAGCCGAAGCGUGCCACCAAUGAAACCAAAAGGUCCCAACUUGCCAGACGUGGAACUCGUCUUUGAGUAUCUGCUCAAGCGAAAGGAAGGAAAGUUUCGCAAACACCCAUCCGGGCUCAACCGAUUGUUCUUCUCCUUCGCCACAGUCGUCAUCCACGAGUGCUUCCAGACUUCAAGGGACAACAAGUGGGUAAACGAGACGUCCAGCUAUGUCGACCUCAGCACGCUCUACGGUAACACGGCCAAAGAACAAGAGCGAGUGCGGACCUACAAGAAUGGAUUGGUCUAUCCUGAUUCGGUGGCCUCGGAGAGAAUCAUGCUGAUGCCACCGGGCGUCAUUGCUGUUUUGAUGAUGUUUUCGAGGAACCACAACCACAUUGCCGAAACGCUCUUGUCCAUCAAUGAACAGGGGACCUAUGGAGAAUGGGAUAGAUUGACCGAAGACAAGCAGAAAAAGCAAGAUGAAGACAUCUUCCAGCUCGCCAGAAACAUAAACGUCGGCUUCUUUGCUUUAGUGGUGCUGAGAGACUACGUCGCUGCCAUCUUGAAUACCCCUCGCGCCAAUUCCGACUGGUCGCUGAAUCUGGGAGAGGAGAUCAAGUCGGCACAAGGACGUGUUGAGAGAGGAUCGGGUAACGCGGUCUCGGUUGAGUUUGCAGUCCUGUAUCACUGGCACGCUGCACUCAGUGCAGCGGACGCAAAGUGGAUGGAAGACAUGAUCAGUCAGUAUGGCCCACGUCUCAACUCCCUUGACGAAAUGACGCCGAAGGACUUCUGGGAAAUGGCUGCGAACAUCACCAAAGAGAUGAUGUCCAAACCCGCCAAGGAAUGGAUAUUUGGAGGUCUCAAGCGUGGACCAGAUGGCCGUUUUGACGACGCCGACCUAGGCCGCCUUAUCAAAGAUUGCAUCGAAGAGCCCGCUCACGCAUUUGGUGCCAACGGGACACCGGCGAGUCUCAAGGUUGUGGAUCUCAUGGGCCAGCUUCAAGCCAGAGAAAUAUUCAAUGUCUGCACACUGAAUGAAUUCCGAAAAUACCUCAACUUGACAGCGUAUAAGAGUUUCUCGGAAUGGAACGAUGAUCCGGAAGUUUCUCGAGCCGCCGAACUCUUGUACGGCCACAUCGACAAUCUUGAACUGUAUCCGGGUCUGCAAGCAGAGUGCACCAAGCCGCCAAUGCCGGGCAGCGGCGUCUGUCCAGGUCAGACAACCGGACGCGGCAUUCUAGACGACGCCGUAGCCCUGGUGCGAGGCGACCGUUUUCUGACCUACGACUUCAACAGCAACACCCUGACCAAUUGGGGGGUAUCCAAACUUGCCGAUCUUCCUGGGGGAACAUAUGGAGGCAUACUCGCCAAGCUGAUCUUCAAUGGCCUUCCAGGCGAGUUUACCGGGACAUCUACAUAUGCUUUGAUGCCGUUCUACACCCCUGAAGCCAUCAAGGGCAUACUCGAAGGCAACAAAGCGCUUGCCAAGUACGAUCUCAAGAGACCUCCACCAAACGUCAUGAAGCUGGUAGGCAUCCAUACUCAAGAAGGUGUGAAGAAGGCCUUCGAAGACCGAGAUACCUUCCACGUAAUGUACCAAGCCGCCAUUCGCAACUGCACCGACGGCCAUGAGUUUAUGAUAGGGUGGGACGAUCGCAAACGCCACGACCCACGUUCCGACACCCUUCACAAGGUCUUCUUCGAAGAUAACUUUGAAAAGAAUCUCUCGCAGUACUUCCGUGAAACGGUCAGGAGCCUGAUUCAGAAAAGCACCUUGAAGUAUCACGACGAACGAAGAUCGAUCGACAUUGUGCGAGACGUCUGCAACGUGACGCCCAUCAUGUGGCUCGCCCGCCGCUUUGCCAUUCCCAUCAAGGACGUGGCCCAUCCUCGCGGCUUGGUCACUAUUCCAGAGCUGUUCGAUAUCUUCCUGGUCCUGUUCAUGUACCAGAGCUUCAACAUCUUGCCGGUCAACGAGUGGAAGCUGAGGGAGGCUGCCGGAACUGUAGCGCCAAUCUUGAGGAAGAUAUUCGAGACUCAUCUCAAGACUCAGCAGGGCUUCACGGAGCACAUCGUGGACUGGCUGACAAAGGGUUCUGCGUAUGAGGUUGGCCCCGAUGCUGACCGUUUCUACCACGCCUUGAACAAAACGGGAAUGAACAUCGGCGAUAUGGUCGGUGACUGUAUCGGCAUGGGCGCCCCCGUUGCGGGUAACAUCACCCAACAGGCUUCCCUCCUGAUUGAUCUCUACCUCAAAGACGAGUACAAACAAUACAAGGCGCGCAUAGUGGAACUUGCACACAAGGACGACGAAGCUUCCGACAAGGAGCUGCUUGGUUUCGUCUUCGAAGGCAUGCGCCACGCCGGUGUUGUGCCCGGUCUUCCUCGCGUGGCUUCGAAGGAUGUCACAUUUGAGGACGGCGCACGCGGUCCAGUCCACAUAAAAGGCGGCCAAUAUGUGCUCAUCGCUACGUCCUCAGCAGCCAUGGAUCCCGCUGCAUUCCCCGACCCCGAGAAGAUCGACCCUCAUCGCCCGAUGUCGUCUUACACUCUCCUUGGGCAUGGCAUGCAUUAUUGUUUCGGCGCCCGAAUUGUUGGACCUGCGCUCGUCGCCACCCUGAAGGAAGUCUUCCGCUUAAAAAAUGUGCGUCGCGCCAACGGACGAUUGGGACACUUCAGCGUCAUCGAGCACGACAUUGCAGGAGUCAAGGCAAAGAUCUAUCUCGAUGCGAAUGCAAAGGAGUCUCCGAUUCCGACGACGCUGCACCUUCUGUAUGAUGAGUGA